CUUCUCUUUGGGGCGGGGUGGGGGAGGGGGAGCCUCGCGUCCUGGAACUCCGGGUGUUUCUGCCUGGGCGGCCGCUUGAGCAGCUGUGCCCGGAGCCUCCGGUUCGGCCUGGGUGCUGGGCUCCAGUCCGAGAGGCUCCAUGCUGCUUAAUGCAGGGACGUACAGGGCGGUGAUCCAGUAUCUAAAUUCUUUGGGAGAAAAUGAAUAGUCCCCCCGCCCCAGCCCUCCAGAAAAAAAAAAAAAAAAUCUGAGAAUCUGAGAAUGUUCAGCGCACCCGCGAAUUUGCAUCGGAGGUGCGUUUCCCCGUCAGAAUGUCAGCCUCCCGAGGCUCAUUCAACUUUUAUUUUCUCAAAAUUUUGGUCUCCUUUGCUAGCAAGGAGGAGGGGAAAGGGAGUGGGUUGAGAGGAAGCUCUUCGACGCUUGCUAACUAGAACUGAAUUAAAGUUGUAAACGCUGGAGUUUAAUACUGGCUGGACAGAAUUUGCAAUGGUCUUUCAGAUGGGGUGGGAGGUGAAUGGGGGCGGGGAAGCACAGGGAGGGAGGGGGAGGGGACCCAACCUCGCUGAAUGGAUGUGCGGAUUUGAUCCAGCGGAGAACUGAAAUUUCAAGGUAAACGUUUUGCUUUCACUGGGGAUGUUUUUGCCGCUUUUAAGCAGGGAGACGUUUACCGUUGCGUUGGGAGGUCGGGGAUACUUGCGAGGUUUAUGCACUGUGGUUCCAAUUCAUCUCGACACGUCUGGGUGGCCACACGUGAAUGAUUCGCAGGCACACUGGUACAUGUGCGUGUGAAUGCAGGGGCGUUUAAUAACGCGGGCUGGAGUCGACUUGGGGAUCAGGAGCAAGGUCUCCAGGCUUGAACCCGCUGUCUCGGACACAUCUUGGCUUUAGUUUGGAGUUGCAAUUUGAUAUUAGACUUCGGUAGUGAGGCAAAGGCAAGGUUGACCAGAGAAAAGGCAUAGGUUCCUAGAGUCCAGCAUUUCUAUCAAAUGUCCCCCACCCCAUUAACCAACGCAGCGUGCGCGCGCGCGCGCACACACACACACACACACGCUCAUUCCAUUUAUGUCCUUCCUUUAAGAGUGCUGCUGUUGAUCAGAAGUAGGAAGUGGAAGGAAGCCUUCAAGGGGACAAAAAGCGAGCAAGAAAGAAAAGGAGGAAGGGGUCAUAUUGAUUCCUGUGGGAGAUGGAAUUCGGAUAUUAAACAACUGACCUAAGUCACUUACAGUUCUCCCUCCCACCUUUCUAUUUUGCCUCUUAAUCAUCCCAGGCGUCCUUUCCCUGAGAUUAAAAAAAAGGAGAGAGGGAAGCGUUCACAAUUAAAUGUAAUAAGCAACUCCAAAGAUGGGGAUGCUGUCGAGGUGGUAGUUCCGUGCAAACCUUGCUAUUACCGUUGCAAAUAGACGCGGAGCCCAAGGAGGUAAAAUGCACACUUGCUGCCCCCCAGUAACUUUGGAACAGGAUCUUCACAGAAAAAUGCAUAGCUGGAUGCUGCAGACUCUAGCGUUUGCUGUAACAUCUCUCGUCCUUUCGUGUGCAGAAACCAUCGAUUAUUAUGGGGAAAUCUGUGACAAUGCAUGUCCUUGUGAGGAAAAGGACGGCAUUUUAACUGUGAGCUGUGAAAACCGGGGAAUCAUCAGUCUCUCUGAAAUUAGCCCUCCCCGUUUCCCAAUCUACCACCUUUUGUUGUCCGGAAACCUUUUGAAUCGUCUCUAUCCCAAUGAGUUUGUCAAUUACACUGGGGCUUCAAUUUUGCAUCUGGGUAGCAAUGUUAUCCAGGACAUUGAGACCGGGGCUUUCCAUGGGCUACGGGGUUUGAGGAGAUUGCAUCUGAACAAUAAUAAACUGGAACUUCUGCGAGAUGAUACCUUCCUUGGCUUGGAGAACCUGGAGUACCUACAGGUCGAUUACAACUACAUCAGCGUCAUUGAACCCAAUGCUUUUGGGAAACUGCAUUUGUUGCAGGUGCUUAUCCUCAAUGACAAUCUUUUGUCCAGUUUACCCAACAAUCUUUUCCGUUUUGUGCCCUUAACGCACUUGGACCUCCGGGGGAACCGGCUGAAACUUCUGCCCUACGUGGGGCUCUUGCAGCACAUGGAUAAAGUUGUGGAGCUACAGCUGGAGGAAAACCCUUGGAAUUGUUCUUGUGAGCUGAUCUCUCUAAAGGAUUGGUUGGACAGCAUCUCCUACUCAGCCCUGGUGGGGGAUGUGGUUUGUGAGACCCCCUUCCGCUUACACGGAAGGGACUUGGACGAGGUAUCCAAGCAGGAACUUUGCCCAAGGAGACUUAUUUCUGACUACGAGAUGAGGCCGCAGACGCCUUUGAGCACCACGGGGUAUUUACACACCACCCCGGCGUCAGUGAAUUCUGUGGCCACUUCUUCCUCUGCUGUUUACAAACCCCCUUUGAAGCCCCCUAAGGGGACUCGCCAACCCAACAAGCCCAGGGUGCGCCCCACCUCUCGGCAGCCCUCUAAGGACUUGGGCUACAGCAACUAUGGCCCCAGCAUCGCCUAUCAGACCAAAUCCCCGGUGCCUUUGGAGUGUCCCACCGCGUGCACUUGCAACCUGCAGAUCUCUGAUCUGGGCCUCAACGUAAACUGCCAGGAGCGAAAGAUCGAGAGCAUCGCUGAACUGCAGCCCAAGCCCUACAAUCCCAAGAAAAUGUAUCUGACAGAGAACUACAUCGCUGUCGUGCGCAGGACAGACUUCCUGGAGGCCACGGGGCUGGACCUCCUGCACCUGGGGAAUAAUCGCAUCUCGAUGAUCCAGGACCACGCUUUCGGGGAUCUCACCAACCUGAGGCGCCUCUACCUGAAUGGCAACAGGAUCGAGAGGCUGAGCCCGGAGUUAUUCUAUGGCCUGCAGAGCCUGCAGUAUCUCUUCCUCCAGUACAAUCUCAUCCGCGAGAUUCAGUCUGGAACUUUUGACCCGGUCCCAAACCUCCAGCUGCUAUUCUUGAAUAACAACCUCCUGCAGGCCAUGCCCUCAGGCGUCUUCUCUGGCCUGACCCUCCUCAGGCUAAACCUGAGGAGUAACCACUUCACCUCCUUGCCAGUGAGUGGAGUUUUGGACCAGCUGAAGUCACUCAUCCAAAUCGACCUGCAUGACAAUCCUUGGGAUUGUACCUGCGACAUUGUGGGCAUGAAGCUGUGGGUGGAGCAGCUCAAAGUGGGCGUCCUAGUGGACGAGGUGAUCUGUAAGGCGCCCAAGAAAUUCGCUGAGACCGAUAUGCGUUCCAUUAAGUCGGAGCUGCUGUGCCCUGACUAUUCAGAUGUAGUGGUUUCCACGCCCACACCCUCCUCAAUCCAGGUCCCUGCGAGGACCAGCGCCGUGACUCCUGCGGUCCGGUUGAAUAGCACUGGGGCCCCCGCGGGCUUGGGCGCAGGCGGAGGGGCGUCGUCGGUGCCCUUGUCUGUGUUAAUUCUCAGCCUCCUGCUGGUUUUCAUCAUGUCCGUCUUCGUGGCCGCCGGGCUCUUCGUGCUGGUCAUGAAGCGCAGGAAGAAGAACCAGAGCGACCACACUAGCACCAACAACUCCGACGUGAGCUCCUUUAACAUGCAGUACAGCGUGUACGGCGGCGGCGGCGGUGGCACGGGCGGCCACCCACACGCGCACGUGCAUCACCGCGGGCCCGCGCUGCCCAAGGUGAAGACGCCCGCGGGCCACGUGUAUGAAUACAUCCCCCACCCACUGGGCCACAUGUGCAAAAACCCCAUCUACCGCUCCCGAGAGGGCAACUCCGUAGAGGAUUACAAAGACCUGCACGAGCUCAAGGUCACCUACAGCAGCAACCACCACCUGCAGCAGCAGCAGCCGCCGCCGCCGCCACCGCAGCAGCCACAGCAGCAGCCCCCGCCGCAGCUGCAGCUGCAGCCCGGGGAGGAGGAGAGGCGGGAAAGCCACCACUUGCGGAGCCCCGCCUACAGCGUCAGCACCAUCGAGCCCCGGGAGGACCUGCUGUCGCCGGUGCAGGACGCCGACCGCUUUUACAGGGGCAUUUUAGAACCAGAGAAACACUGCUCCACCACCCCAGCCGGCAAUAGCCUCCCGGAAUAUCCCAAAUUCCCGUGCAGCCCCGCUGCUUACACUUUCUCCCCCAACUAUGACCUGAGACGCCCCCAUCAGUAUUUGCACCCGGGGGCAGGGGACAGCAGGCUACGGGAACCGGUGCUCUACAGCCCCCCGAGUGCUGUCUUUGUAGAACCCAACAGGAACGAAUAUCUGGAGUUAAAAGCAAAACUAAACGUUGAGCCGGACUACCUCGAAGUGCUGGAAAAACAGACCACAUUUAGCCAGUUCUAAAAGCAAAGAAACUCCCUUGGAGCUUUUGCAUUUAAAACAAACAAGCAAGCAGACACACACAGUGAACACAUUUGAUUAAUUGUGUUGUUUCAACGUUUAGGGUGAAGUGCCUUGGCACGGGAUUUCUCAGCUUCGGUGGAAGAUACGAAAAGGGUGUGCAAUUUCCUUUAAAAUUUACACGUGGGAAACAUUUGUGUAAACGGGGCGCAUCACUUUCUCUUCUUGCGUGUGGGGAAGGUGUGGAGAAGGGCUUUAAGGAGGCCAAUUUGCUGCGCGGGUGACUUGUGAAAGGUCGCAGUCAUUUUUGUAGUGGUUGGAAGUGCUAAGAAUGGUGGAUGAUGGCAGAGCAUAGAUUCUACUCUUCCUCUUUUGCUUCCUCCCCCUCCCCCGCCCCUGCCCCACCUCUCUUUCUCCCCUUUUAAGCCAUGGGUGGGUCUAACUGGCUUUUGUGGAGAAAUUAGCACACCCCAACUUUAAUAGGAAAUGUGUUCUCUUUUUCCGCCCCUCUCCUUCUCUCCUUCCCUCCCCUCCUUUCUCAUUCCUUUUCUUUGUUUUUAAAGGAUGUGUUUGUAUGCAUUCUGGACAUUUGAAUUAAAAAAAAGUAUUGUGAUCCUGUAAAGGAUCACCAUAGAUGUGGACAAAUCAUUAAAAUUACAGAGCUAUAUGAUCCAUAAUUGAUUAGUCAAAAUAACUUAUUGAUGAAAUAUACAAAUAUUUUAUUGUAGCACCUAUUUUUAUAUGCACAUUUAGCAUUCCUCUUUCCUUCACUAUUUAGCCUAUGAUUUUGCAGAGGUGUCACACUGUAUUAGGAUCUGCAUUUCUAAAACUGACGUGGUAUCAGGAAGGCAUUUUCAAUCAUUAAAAAUGUGGAGAAUUUAAUGGCAAAAUCUUUAAAAGCCAAUGCAACCCACCCAAUUGAAUCUGUACUUUCUUUUAAGAAAACAGAGCUGAUUGUAUCCCAAUGUAUUUUUAAAAAUAGGGCAAUUGAUUGGGCCCUUCCAGUGAGAAUUGUUUGCAAGUUUUGGGUUUUAUUAGAAAAGAUUUGAAAGUAUUUUUAUUAGUGAACCAAAAUGACAUGUUCAUUUGACUACUAUUGUAGCCGAUUUUCGAUUGUUUAACAAAACCCAGUUGCAUUUGUACAGAUCCACGUGUACUGGCACCUCAGAAGACCAAAUCAUGGACUGUACAAGUCUCUAUACAAUGUCUUUAUCCCUGUGGGCAGCAAGCAAUGAUGAUAAUGACAAACAGGAUCUCUGUAAGAUGGGGCUAUUGUUGUUACAGUCUCAUAUGUAUCCCAGCACAUGUAAUUUUUUAAAUAGUUUCUGAAUAAACACUUGAUAACUAUGUCAAA